GGGGAGGCCUCUGCCGCCAUGUCGACAUCGCUGGGGUCCAACACCUACAACCGGCAGAACUGGGAGGAUGCGGACUUCCCUAUUUUGUGCCAGACAUGCCUUGGAGAAAAUCCAUAUAUUCGAAUGACCAAAGAAAAAUAUGGCAAAGAAUGCAAGAUCUGUGCCAGGCCUUUCACCGUGUUCCGCUGGUGCCCCGGCGUCCGCAUGCGGUUCAAGAAGACAGAAGUGUGCCAGACCUGCAGCAAGCUGAAGAACGUCUGUCAGACCUGUCUGCUGGACCUGGAAUAUGGUUUGCCUAUCCAAGUCCGGGAUGCAGGACUCUCCCUUAAGGAUGAAAUGCCUAAGUCUGAUGUCAAUAAAGAGUACUACACCCAGAACAUGGAACGAGAGAUAUCCAACUCUGAUGGCACUAGACCAGUUGGUGCACUAGGAAAAGCUACUUCUACCAGUGACAUGCUGCUGAAGCUGGCUCGGACCACUCCUUACUAUAAACGUAACCGUCCUCACAUCUGUUCCUUCUGGGUGAAAGGAGAGUGCAAGAGAGGGGAAGAGUGUCCCUACAGACAUGAGAAACCUACAGACCCUGAUGAUCCUCUGGCUGAUCAGAACAUCAAGGAUCGUUAUUAUGGCAUUAAUGAUCCUGUGGCUGAUAAGCUGCUGAAAAGAGCAUCAACCAUGCCUCGCCUGGACCCCCCUGAUGACAAGACCAUCACCACGCUCUACGUUGGAGGGCUUGGAGAUACCAUCACUGAAUCAGAUCUCAGAAAUCACUUCUACCAGUUUGGGGAGAUCCGGACGAUCACGGUGGUGCAGAGGCAGCAGUGUGCCUUCAUCCAGUUCGCCACGCGGCAGGCGGCAGAGGUGGCUGCUGAGAAGUCCUUCAACAAGCUCAUUGUCAACGGCCGCAGGCUGAACGUCAAGUGGGGAAGGUCCCAAGCAGCAAGAGGAAAAGAAAAGGACAAGGAAGGGACUACAGAAUCUGGGAUAAAGCUGGAGCCAGUUCCAGGACUUCCUGGAGCUCUCCCCCCUCCUCCAGCUGCAGAAGAGGAGGCUUCUGCAAAUUACUUCAAUCUACCUCCAAGUGGCCCUCCUGCCGUGGUUAACAUUGCCCUGCCACCUCCUCCUGGCAUUGCUCCACCACCACCUCCAGGUUUUGGGCCACACAUGUUCCAUGCCAUGGGGCCCCCUCCUCCCUUCAUGAGAGCCCCGGGGCCCAUUCACUACCCGUCUCAAGAUCCCCAACGGAUGGGUGCCCACGCCGGGAAGCACAGCAGCCCCUAGCACCUCCUGUACCCUGCUCCUCCUCCUCCUCCUCCUGAAAGUAAAUGUUAUUUUCUAGUUACCAUGGUAGCACCAUAUGUUGAGCUAGAGAAGCCUUAUUCCCUGCUUGCAGACGCUGGGCCAGCCCAGCUUCGUGUCUCCUCUGGCUGAUCCCAUGGUGGAUACGUCCCAGAUCUUUUGUUUAGA